GCGGCGCGGGCGGAUGAACAUUUCGCGGGAGAUCGGCUAGCAGCGGUGCAGACUCCUGACACACGACUCCUGCAGACAGACGACCCCUCAGGACCAAACAACCCUCGGCAAGAUGAGUUUGUGGCUGGACAAGUACCGGCCCAGCUCCCUGGGCAAGCUAGACUUCCACAAGCAGCAGGCGGCCCAGCUGAAGAGCCUGGUCCAGUGCGGGGACUUCCCCCACCUGCUGGUGUACGGGCCGGCCGGCGCCGGGAAGAAGACCCGCAUCACGUGUCUGCUGAGGGAGCUGUACGGAGCCGGCGUGGAGAAGCUGCGCAUCGAGCACCAAACUGUGGUGGCCCCGUCAAAGAAGAAGAUUGAGAUCAACACCAUAAGCAGCAAUUAUCACCUGGAAGUCAACGCAAGUGAUGCAGGGAACCAGGACCGUGUGGUGAUUCAGGAGCUGAUCAAAACCAUGGCUCAGUCCCAGCAGAUCCAGUCCAACAGCCAGCGAGACUUCAAAGUGGUUCUGCUAACAGAGGUGGACAGACUCACCAAAGACGCUCAGCACGCCUUGCGUCGGACGAUGGAGAAGUACAUGUCCACCUGCCGGCUCAUCCUCUGCUCCACCUCCACCUCCAAAGUCAUCGAGCCAAUCAGAAGCCGUUGCCUGGCCAUCAGAGUUCCUCUGCCGAGCACCGAGGAGGUCUGCAGUGUUCUGACGUCGGUCUGUAAGAAGGAGGGGCUGCUCCUGCCGCCGGAGCUCGCCAAACACAUCAGUGACAAGUCCGGCCGCAACCUCCGCAAAGCUCUGCUGAUGUGCGAGGCCUGCAGGGUGCAGCAGUAUCCGUUCUCAGUGGAUCAGGAAGUCCCAGAGACGGACUGGGAGGUUUACCUGAGAGAGACGGCCAACGCCAUCGUCAGCCAGCAGAGUCCUCAGAGGCUGUUGGAGGUCCGGGCCCGGCUGUACGAGCUGCUGACCCACUGCAUCCCCCCCGACAUCAUCAUGAAGGGUCUGGUGAAGGAGCUGCUGAGUAACUGCGACGGCCAGCUGAAGACGGAGGUGGCCCACAUGGCGGCCUACUACGAACACAGACUGCAGCUGGGCAACAAGGCCAUCUACCACCUGGAGGCCUUCACCGCCAAGUUCAUGGCCAUGUACAAGAAGUUCAUGGAGGACGGUCUGGAUGCCAUGAUGUUCUGAUUUCUGGCAGGAGCUCCAAGGCCCCGUGACGGCCACGAGACCGGUGCUGCAAGGAAACCUGCUGCUGCUACUGCAUCCCCAGAAUACUGCCAGCUGUCUCCGUGCAGUCGCAUAAACAUCUGUACAUGGUCGGGUGUUAGUGAUGCUACAAACUUUGAUCUGCUGCAAAAUAUCAAACAGGAGUUUUGCUUGAACCAGUGGCAAAAAAGGAUUUACAUGUUUUCAAGUUUUUUUUUUCUCUUUUCCAUAGAUUUGAUUAAAUAUCGACUUUAUUACCACAAAUAAAGUUUACAGAUCAUUUUUUAAGGUACAUAACAGUGUGGACAAACAAGUGUUCAUCACAUUUGACUAUACAACCUGAUGGUUGACCCUGAACUAACAGCUUGCACCUUUUGUCAGGAUGUGUCAGAAUAACGGACAUGAAACUUCAGAGAUUGAGUUUUAAUA